GAUGGAGCGUCCCGUUAACAAUUCAAACGGGCGGGGGUAAUCACUGAGCUUUACCAAUUUCAAAUUCCCACCACUCUGACACUUUCCACUCAAAUCUCAACCCACUUCUCUCCUUCCCACCCCCCCAACGGCCAAAAGCAAACCCAAACCCCCCAAAACGUCACCGUAUUCUUCGUCUUCUCCGUCGAAUCAUGGAUUCAAAACUCCGUUUGUAAUACGGAAACAAACACAACAAUCCAGCUUGUUUCACUGAAGCUCCGAGCUCCCUCAGUAUGUCGUCGAAAGAGAGCUCAACUGUUCGAUUCCCAGCCCGAAACGUCGCGAGGAACUCGCAAUCCGAACCGAACGAGAACGAAUUCGAAACCGCGUCGAAUCCAAUCCACUUUCCACCUCCAAGAACGCCUCUUAACAGCAUUGCAGAUCCAGCCCAGCUGCAGAAGGAACUCCAUGAGUUUGAUUUCGAUUCGCAACCAAAGUUCGAGGCGAUUCGAUCCGGUCGGUAUUCGUUAUCGUUGGAUAGGAAGAUCGAAGCUCCGGAGAAAGCUGGACAUGGUGGAGGUCUCAGCUAUGGAACUCCUAGGGUUUCGUCAGGUCGCGGAGGGAAGGCGCACUCGGAGCCAAACUCGGCUCAAAGCACUCCGGCAAGGACCAGUAGAGCUUCCAUUGGUGGAGCAAUGGGAGGUUGUACCGGAAGCAAAGCUCUGCAGUACAAUGGAGGCAGAGCAGGGAGCUGUUCUAGAAUCUCCCGGGAGGUUUCUGUGGUGAAUUCCGAGGUUUUAGCUCAAGUUCCGCAUUUUGAGCUAGCGGAGGACUCUUCGUUCUGGAACGAUCACAAUGUGCAGGUGCUGAUUCGAAUUCGGCCAUUGAGUAGUAUGGAGAGAGCUUUGCAAGGGCAAGGCCGGUGUUUGAAGCAGGAAAGCGCGAAAACUCUGGUUUGGCAUGGUCAUCCGGAAACCAGAUUCACAUUCGAUCACAUUGCAUGCGAGACAAUAUCACAGGAAAAGCUGUUCAGAGUUGCUGGGUUGCCCAUGGUGGAGAAUUGCUUGUCUGGUUAUAAUAGCUGCAUGUUUGCUUACGGUCAGACGGGUAGUGGCAAAACAUACACAAUGAUGGGUGAAAUAUACGAGGUUGAAGGGCAGCUCAAUGAAGAUUGUGGGCUUACUCCACGCAUUUUUGAGUAUUUGUUUAAGAGGAUCAGACUGGAAGAGGAAAGCAGGCGGGAGGAACAGCUGAAGUACAGCUGCAAAUGUUCCUUUCUCGAGAUUUACAAUGAGCAGAUAACAGAUCUCUUGGAGCCUACAUCAACUAAUCUACAACUCAGGGAGGACUUGAAGAAAGGGGUAUAUGUUGAAAACCUUACAGAAUACAAUGUGAGGAAUGUUAAUGAUGUUGUCAAGCUCCUGUUACAGGGUGCUUCAAACAAAAAAAUGGCAGCAACGCAGAUGAACAGUGAGAGCAGCCGAUCCCACAGUGUUUUCACAUGUAUCAUAGAAAGCCGUUGGGAAAAGGAUUCCAUGACCCAUUUUAGAUUCGCUAGGUUGAACUUAGUAGAUCUAGCUGGCUCAGAAAGGCAGAAAAGCUCUGGUGCAGAGGGAGAUCGUUUGAAAGAAGCAGCAAAUAUCAACAAAUCAUUAUCAACUCUUGGCUUGGUGAUAAUGUCUUUGGUCGACUUAGCACAUGGGAAACAUAGACAUGUUCCCUAUAGAGAUUCAAGGCUUACAUUUCUUCUUCAGGAUUCUCUGGGUGGGAACUCAAAAACAACUAUAAUAUCGAAUGUCAGCCCAUCAAUUUGUUCUGCAAAUGAGACACUUAGCACUUUGAAGUUUGCCCAGCGUGCCAAACUCAUCCAGAACAAUGCUAAAGUGAAUGAAGAUGCUUCAGGUGACACAACUGCACUUCAGCGACAAAUCCAACAGCUGAAGGGCCAGUUGUCCAUCCUAAUGAUGCACCAUAACCUCUCGAGGUCUUCAACAAGUUGCGUGCCAAGUAGUGAAGAACCUAGAUUCAGUGACUUGCCUGAGAAAUAUGAUGACUCUCAAGAAGAAAACAUGGCAACUAAUAAGUUACCAAUCAUGCAAAGCAAGAAGAUGAAAAGCAUGGAGACUGUUUUAGUUGGUGCCCUAAGAAGGGAAAAGAUGGCAGAACAUGAAGUCCAGAAGUUGGUGGCUGAAAUUGAACACAUGAACAACUUGGUUUGCCAAAGAGAGGAGGAUGUUGGACAUAAUAAAGUGAUGCUAAGGUUUCGGGAGGACAAAAUUAAACGAUUUGAACUGUUGACGGAUGGAAUGUUGUCUGCUGAGAAGUAUCUUAUGGAGGAGAACAAGGCUUUACUGGAAGAGAUUCAGCUGCUUCAAGCAAGAAUUGAUAGCAAUCCAGAAUUGACCCGAUAUGCUGUGGAGAACUUUAGACUUCUUGAGCAACUUAAAUUGUACCAAAACUUUCACGAGCAUGGAGAGCGAGAAACAUUGCUAGCUGAAAUAUCAGAAUUACGCAAUCAGCUUCUGGAUACACUUCAAGGAAAGCUUCCAUGCUCAAAUGAAGAUCAGAAUAGUGAUACCAUAAGGGAACUGGAAGAUUGCAGGAUCAUGAAUUCAAAACUGAUUAGGGAAGUAGAUGAAUUACAACUUGAACUGCAAAAGCAUAUGAACUCCAGUCAGGCUACCUCGGGCUCUGUCAGAUAUUCUUUCUCCAAGGAAACUGAGGAAUUCAGGCAAUCAGAUAAAUAUUCAAUGGUUGAAACCUUGUCUAUAAGAAGUGACUCUGGAGAUGAAAUAGCAUCUUACACUCAGGAGGAAAGCUGCAGAUACAUGGAAGUCUCAUGCAACAAGGACAAAUUAGAAAUCCAAUCUGAGCUGAAAUGUGAAAGUCAUUUUCUGAAAUCAGGUGAUAUACAUAAAGACAACAAGGGCAUGAUAAUGAUGAUCACUGAAGACGUUGAGAGGAAGGCUUUGCAAGCUAAGCUGGACAAAAUGGCUAAGGACCUUGAGGAGGUGAGGUUACUUAAUAGCCACUUUCAAGAGGAUCAGCUGUUACAGUUGUCUCACCAGAAACAAACCGAAACAGUCUGUGAACAGGUUGAGAUGGAGACAGCGAGAACAAUUCUUCAUUUACAGGAAGAGGUUGCUGCCCUUCAGUUUGAACUUGAUGAGAGAUUACAGUGCAUGAUUCAGGAAAAUACAAUACUGAAAAACACAAUUGCAGCAAAAGAGGAUCAAAUGAGAACACUGAGUGGGGAGUGGGAAAAGGCAACCUUAGAACUAACAAGAUUCCUCCUAGAUGGUUCUAGAUCCCUCAGAAACGCCUCCAGCCAAAUAGAAACUAUUGCUUGUUCAUUUCCUCAAGCUAACAUUUGUGUCAGUGAAGAUGUCCAGAGGGCUGCCAAAGUUUGCAUGGAAAAAGAAGAAACAAUUGAACUUCUACAGAAGAGUUUGGAAGAUGCGCGAAUGAUGGUAAUGGAAAUGGAACAGAAGUUAAGUUCCUUGAAGGGAGCAACAAUGGCUUUAAGUGAACUCCAGCAUUUGGAUAAUGAUGAAAGCACCAAAGAGGCAAUUCCCUUCUGCAUGCUGUCAGAUGAGCAGACCAACAUGAUUGAGAUGCUAGAGAGAAAAAUCAUAUAUAAGGAAAGUCAGUUCAAAGAAGCAGAAAAAUGUGCCAAUGCUGCGUUCCUUGUAAUAAAAUGGCUUAUGGAUCGUAAUGCUAGUUAUGCAACGGAGAGAAAGAUUCCUAUCUCAGUUCUAGCUAUACCAGCCAGAAUGCCCAACCACACAACUAGUGACACAAAUGAAAAUGCUUUAAGAGAGCCUUGCAAAAUUUCUCAGUCUUGUAUGGUUGAACCGCUAUCAUUAGAAGCACAUAAGUAUUUGAAAUCUGAAAAUCUUUAUCACAUGCUGCAUGAAAUAAAGAAUGAGCUCAGUGUAGCAAAUGGUAGAUUGAAAACUACUGAAGAUUUCAUUUACACAAUAAAUGAGGAUGAAGAUAAAUGGAGUACUGAUAGUUUGACGUCCAGCUGUGAUACUUCAACAGAAAGUUCUUGUUCUCUUAACCAAUUUUGGGCACUUGAAGGGAAAACGGGGGAACUAAGAGUUGAAGAAGGCUCAGUGCUUCAGUCCGCUGAUCAUGAUCCAGAGGAGUCAAAGAAGCUCUUCAAACAUUUCACUCAUUCUGAAGGAGAAUCAUUCUGCUUGAAAAAAGAAUUAGAGAUGACACGUGAUGCUUUCCACAAACUCUCUGUUAGGCUAACCACACUUGUUAGUGAGUUGGACAUUGGAGGUAGUUCUCAACCAGCAGAGUUGAAAGAAAUUGUUCCAUUGUUUGACUUGAGGAUGGAGAAUGCUGAUGCAGGGUGUUGUAUUACAGAAAAGGUAGCUGCCGAUCAGAAGAGUGAUUUUGCUGGUAGCUUCUUAAGCAAAUUUGAAGAAGCGCAUGCAAUGAUAAAAGAAGCCGAUGUUAUGUUAAAUGCCUUGGUGGAAGCAAAUGAAAAUGCAAAAGAAUUGACUGGGCUGUGGAAGCAAGCUGGUGAGGAUCUGAUGUUAGAGAGAGCAAGCUUUACUGAAGAAGUUGAACAUCUCAAAUCUUCAGUACGUCUAAUAGAAAGAGAGAACGAGCUACUGCAGGAUCAAUCUCAUUAUAAUUUGGUGGAGAUAGCAAAAUCAUUGUCUUUGCUUGAAGAGUGUUUUAUGCAAUUAAAAAGUGAUGUGGAGGACAAGUUCAAAGUAAUAUAUGCUGAUACUUCAUCCAUGGGAAGGGAGAUACACUGCUUUAUUAGCAAUUCAAGAUCAUUGCUUGAAGAACUAUGCUCUGAGAGAUUGGAGAAAGACUUUUCCACAUCUGUCCUUCAUCAGUGUCUCAUUGGAGAGCUUAUCUCCAGAAUAUCAUGUUCUAAUGUUGAAAUCAGUUUCCAUCCAUUCAGACAGCAAGAAGGCUGCUCAACAACAAAUAAACUGCAAAGGAUAUCGUCAAGUUGUGAGGAUGGCAUAGUGCGUACUAGUAAAAUCUCCAAAGAUGAUGCACAUCAAAGAGGAACAAAUUUGAAAGCCGGUGACUUCAAUUUAUCCCACAAUACUUUGAUUGAUGAGAAUUUAGCACUGAAGGAAGAAUUGCAACGGAAAGAGGUUCUACUAGAGGGCUUGCAUUUUGAUUUUAGAAUGUUGCAGGAAUCAGCAUCCAGCACAAAGGAUAUAAAGGAUGAAACUGAAAGGCUGAUGAAAUCUUUGAGCCAAAUCCAGAAUGAACUAGAAUUAAAAACAUGCCUACUUGAUGAUAUGUUGGCUCAACAUGAAAAUCUCGGGGGUCGUCUCACUGACACUGAAAAGGCUCUGCUUGAAUCAAAUUUUAAUCUCGAGCAGGCCACAGAAACAAUCAACACUCUUUCAGAGCAAAACUGUGAGUUGAAAGAGCUUCUAAAAGAUCUCUAUCUCAAAAUGUCUGAAGCCGAAGAACAACUGGAAGAGCAGAAGGAAGUGGUGAAAGGUUUGGAAGAGGAAAUUAUUCAUUUGACUUCUUCAAUGGAAAAAAAAUUACUCUACUCAGUUGAAGGCUUUGAGGAUGAUUUGAGAAGAGUCAUCAGCGAGAGAGACCAACUCCUAGAAGAGGUCCAUUCCCUGAAUGAUAAACUUGAGAUGGCAUAUGCAAUGGCCGAUGAACAUGAAGCUAUAUCCGUUGAAGCUCGCCAGGAAUCUGAGUCAAGUAAGAUGUAUGCCGAACAAAAGGAAGAGGAGGUUAAGAUUUUAGAACGCUCUGUUGAGGAGCUUGAAUGUACCAUCAAUGUAUUGGAAAAAAAGGUAUAUGAGAUGAAUGAUGAGGUAGAAAGACAUCGGUUAAUCAGAGAUGCACUAGAACUGGAACUCCAAGCUUUAAGACACAGAUUGUAUACAGUUGAAAAUUUCGGUGAACAUAUGGAUUCAGAAAACAUAAACGGUGAACAAGCUGAAGAUCUGAUAUCUAGGCAACUGCAGAGUAGGCUACUGGAACUUCAUGAGGCUCACAACAAGAUAAAGCUUCUUGAAGAGGAAAGGGCAGAGCAGGAUAAAGAGAUCAAACAAUGCAAAGAAUACAUCUCUGAAAUCGUGUUGCAUGCUGAAGCCCAGACGUCACAGUACCAACAGAAGUACAAGACUCUUGAGGCCAUGGUUUGUGAAGUGAAAGAAGAUAAGAGAAACGCAACAUCAACAGCUGUGGCAUCAGACAAAUCAGAGAAAAUCAGGACGAGGGGUUCCAGUUCGCCAUUCAGAUGCAUUUCAAGUUUGGUUCAGCAGAUGAAUACGGAGAAGGAACAAGAAUUGUCUUCGGCCAGGCUUCGGAUUGAGGAACUAGAGAAUCUGGCAGCUAGCCGGCAGAAGGAGGUAUGUUUGCUGAAUACUAGGCUGACUGCAGCAGAGAGCAUGACACAUGAUGUCAUUCGGGAUUUACUUGGUGUCAAAUUGGACAUGACUAACUAUGCAAACUUGAUAGACCAAUAUCACGUUCAAAAACUAGUAGAAGAGGCUCAUCAGCAAACAGAAGAAUUCCAAGCAAAGGAGCAAGAAAUUCUCGGCUUAAGGAAGCAGAUAGAUGAUCUAAUGGAGGAAAGACAGAGUUGCAUAUCCGAAAUAGAUAAAAAGGAAGAAGAUAUGAUGACUGCUCGGACGACAUUACAACAACUCCAAGACAGAGAUCAAAUGCUUUCUGCACAGAAUGAGAAGUUGAAGGUGGAUAAGACCAAUCUGAAGCGGAGGGUGGCGGAGCUGGAUGAGAUGGUAAGAACAAUUCUUGGAACACCAAAAACACAGCAGCAGCAGCCGCCAAUUCACCGCACAUCCAAGACCAAGAACAGUAGCUCAUUGAAGUUGCAUGAGGUUGAUUACGCCAGGAGACUGGAACAGUCCGAGAAGCAUCUUUCUCGCGUGAAUGGCGAACUUGCUCAAUACAUCAAAUCUGGCAGCAGCAGUGGCACCGGUGGUGGACAUUCACGAGACAAGCGUUUCGGACACACGUCGGAAACGGACUAUAGAAAGCAGAAGAAUUGAGUCUGGAUGAAGUCAAAUGCCGCAGAUUCACUCGUCUGUAAAAGUACAUAUUUUUGGAUAAUUCGUGGUGAAUUUAAAGAUUAUUUCAACAGCACAUGCGAACAAGUCUCACGCAACCCAGCUUGUGUUUCUUCAUUGCUUUAUAUAUAUAUAUGUACGUGUAUAUUUAAUUGCGCUACUUAGCAAGUGUGGAAAAUAAAUAAAUAAAAAUAAUUGAUGUGACAUUUUAAGAUUCAUACAGCCAACCUCACUUCUGCUAAGGCAAGACUUUAUUGUUUGAUUUGAUGUUCUAAGCACGAAACAUUGUUUGAUUCUUUGUUAACUGAAAGCAGGUAAUGGAAGAAGAAUUGAAGUGUA